UGUGGGCCAAUCUUUGACGAAUGAUGCGGAUAAGAUAGACAUCAUGAGAUAUUUCUAGAGACUACAUCUUAUAAUCUCCUAAUCGUAGGUUUAGUAUAAAUAGAAAGCGAUCUUAGUUCUCAGGGUUUGUCAGAGCCAGGUCUCAAUAGGAUUCAGGAAUUAUCUAUUGCUUUUAAAAUAGUCAUGACAACGUAUACAGAUAAAGGGCCGAAGCCCGACAAAGGACGUUUUUUACACUUUGAUCAUAUUACGUUCUGGGUCGGAAAUGCAAAACAGGCAGCAUCUUAUUACUGUUCGAAAAUGGGAUUUGAACCACUUGCUUACAGAGGAUUAGAAACUGGUUCUAGAGAAAUUGCUGCACACGCAGUGAAGCAAAACCAGAUAAUAUUUGUGUUUAUUUCACCAUACAACCCGGGAGACAAAGAAAUGGGCGAUCAUUUGGUAACUCAUGGAGAUGGUGUGAAAGACAUCGCAUUUUGUGUGGAAGAUUUGGAAUCAAUAAUAAAGAGGGCAAAAGAACGUGGAGCAGAAAUCGUUAGAGACAUUUGGGAAGAAACUGAUGAAGGUGGUACUGUAAGAUUUGCUGUUGUGCGCACGUUUGGAGAUACAACACAUACAUUUGUUGAACGAGGUAAAUACAAAGGAUUAUUUUUACCUGGGUACAAAAAGCCUCUCCAUCGUGAUAUCAGUCUUCAAAAGCUUUUGCCAGCCGGCCUAGAUUUUAUCGACCAUUGUGUGGGAAAUCAACCAGACAACAAUAUGGUUCCAGCAACAAACUGGUACGAGCGUAGUCUCAUGUUUCAUAGAUUCUGGUCUGUUGACGACAGUCAAAUUCACACGGAGUACUCUGCUCUCAGAUCCAUCGUUGUUACCAACUAUGAAGAAACUAUAAAGAUGCCCAUUAACGAGCCUGCACCAGGGAAGAAGAAGUCUCAAAUUCAGGAGUAUGUGGAUUACUAUGGCGGAGCUGGAAUCCAACAUAUAGCGCUAAAUACAAAGGAUAUUAUAAAAGCAAUUUCUCACCUACGCUCCAGAGGAAUGGAGUUUCUUAGUAUUCCUUCUACAUAUUACAAAACGCUAAAGGAAAAGCUAAAAAGCGCCAAGAUUCGUAUUACUGAAGACAUGGACCAGCUUGAGAAACUGAACAUCCUAAUAGAUUAUGAUGACAACGGCUAUCUACUUCAGAUCUUCACGAAACCAAUGCAAGAUCGACCAACCCUGUUUUUGGAAGUGAUACAGAGACAUAACCAUCAAGGAUUUGGCGCCGGAAAUUUCAAAGCUUUAUUUGAAGCAAUUGAACUGGAUCAAGCUGAAAGAGGAAACUUAUAAAUCUGGCGAAUAAUGAAAUCAAAACUCUUUUAUGUUUUAGGAACAUAAAUCUACUUCUGGAUUUUUGAGGAAAAGUACCUUAAAAGUCAUGUUCAUCAACCUUAUGUAGAUGCAGAUAAUACCGCUCUUUGUAAUCCACCGUAUGACUUUGUUUUAAAUAAAGAA